UAUAUUCUUUUCAGGUUUCAAACUAGAUGGGAUGCUAAGACCUGAAGGAGUUGGUUCGUCACCACAUGAAAAUAAAAUCCCAUUGGAUUCACAUACGGGGAAUGGUUUUGCUCUUCCUGACUAUUAUCUCAGUCGUGGUCGACAUGUUAACCUUUCGUUGGGAAAUCAUCUUAUUGGAGCAGUCAGCCGCUCCUUGCCGAGUGCUGUUGAUCAUGAUUUGGGUUCUAGAACUAAUUCGAACAUAGAGCCUGUGCCAUAUUGUUUUGAUGGAGAUAAAAUAAACCUCACCGGUGCUCAGUAUGAAAAUGGCCUUUUCUCAAGUUCAAUGUCGGAUUUAUUUAGUAGAAACUUAAAAUUGUCAUCUAACAAUGGCCCGUAUGGUCACUCCUUUGCUGCUGCUGCUGCUUCCUCCCAUUAUGAGGAAGAGGAAGUUUUUGAAUCGCUGGAAGAACUUGAGGCUCAAACUAUUGGUAAUCUUCUACCAGAUGACGAUGACUUGCUUUCUGGUGUGACUGAUGGGUUUGGCAGUGGUAUGAGAUCUAAUAACGUGGAAGACGUGGAGGAUCUAGACCUCUUUAGCAGUGUUGGAGGAUUGGAACUUGGAGAAGAUAGCUUCUUGCAAAGAAAUCCUGAACUUUAUGAUUUCAAUUCUAACAAUCAGCUGGGAUCCAACGGCGGGGAACACCCUUUUGGUGAGCAUCCUUCUAGGACACUCUUUGUCAGAAAUAUAAAUAGCAACGUUGAAGACUCUGAAUUGAGAACACUUUUUGAGCAAUACGGAGACAUCCGCACCCUGUAUACAGCAUGCAAGCAUAGGGGAUUUGUUAUGAUCUCAUAUUAUGAUAUAAGAGCUGCCUGCAAUGCUAUGAAAGCUCUUCAGAAUAAGCCAUUGAGGCGUCGGAAACUUGAUAUACAUUUCUCAAUUCCGAAGGAGAAUCCAUCGGAAAAGGAUGUAAACCAGGGUACCCUUGUGGUUUUCAACCUUGAUUCUUCUGUUUCAAAUGAUGAACUCCGUGAAAUAUUUGGUGUCUAUGGUGAUGUCAAGGAGAUUCGUGAUUCUCCAGGCAUGUCUUAUCAUAAAUAUGUAGAAUUUUAUGAUGUCAGAGCUGCAGAAUCUGCACUUCGUGCAUUGAACCGGAGUGACAUUGCAGGAAAGCAGAUUAAGCUUGAACGAGGUCGACUUGGUGGCUCCCAAAGAUUCCUGGAGCAGGAAGAAUCUGGUUUUCUUUUGCAGCAUAGCCCUUCGAAUAACCUAUCAAGUGGAUUUUCUGCAGGAUCGCUUUCGCUGGGGGGGACAUUCUCUGGUACAGAGAAUGGAAUUCAUGGCCCUCUCUCGACAAAUAGAGGUCAUAUUGGUCCUCUCCUGGAUGAUGUGCUACAACAUGGUGUAUCAUCUAGUGUACCUAACAGCUUACCAUCUCUAAUAAGAGUUGAAUCUGGAAACCAAUCCAACAUUGUUGAAUCUGGCCAUCCACACAACCACCCAAAAUAUGAGCUCCAGAGCCAGUCGAAUCUUCAUCCGCAUUCUCUUCCCGAAUAUCACGAUGGUUUAGCAAAUGGGCCUCUCUUCGGUUCUCCAAGUAAUAUAGCUGCAAAUGUUAAUAUCCGUCCUCCAGAAAUAAGUGAUGGCCAGCAGUUCCGUAGAAUUACCCCUAAUGGACAGUCAAUCGAGUUAAAUGAAGUUUUUGGUACCUCUGGAAACGGGAGUUGUCCUCCUCCCGGGCGUCAGUACAUGUGGAGUAAUUCUCAUCAUCCACAACAACCUCAGGCUGUUUUAUGGCCUAACUCGCCGUCAUUUGUUAAUGGCAUUGGUGCUGCUCAUCCUUCACAGAUGCAUGCUGUACCUCGAGCACCAUCUCAUAUGAUGAAUCCACUUCUAUCUAUAAAUAGCCAUCAUGUUGGAUCAGCACCUUCUGUCAAUCCUUCUCUAUGGGACAGGCGGAAUAUGUACGCAGGGGAGUCGCCUGAUGCUGCUUCUGUAUUCCACCCUGGUUCGCUUGGGAACAUGAGAAUGUCUGGUAAUUCCCCACAUCCAUUGGAAUAUGUCCCUCAUAACAUCUUCCCGCGCCCCGGUGGAAAUUGUGUGGACUUACAAAUGCCUUCCAAAAAUAUUGGACUGCAUCCCCAUCACCAGAGGUGCAUGAUUUUUCCUGCAAGAGGCCAAAUGCUUCCUGUGAUGAGUUCAUUUGAUUCUCCUAAUGAACGAACCAGGACACGUAGAAAUGAUUGCAAUUCAAGUCAACCUGACAAUAAAAAGCAGUUUGAGCUUGAUUUAGAGAGAAUUGCACGUGGAGAUGAUAAGCGGACUACACUUAUGAUAAAGAACAUUCCUAACAAGUACACGUCGAAGAUGCUUCUUGCUGCAAUUGAUGAACGUCACAGAGGAACUUAUGAUUUCAUUUACUUACCUAUUGAUUUUAAGAACAAAUGCAAUGUGGGAUAUGCUUUUAUAAACAUGACUGAUCCUACACUUAUAGUGCAUUUUUAUCAGAGUUUCAAUGGAAAGAAGUGGGAGAAGUUUAAUAGUGAAAAAGUGGCAUCUUUAGCAUAUGCUCGAAUCCAGGGCAAGGCUGCCCUCAUUGCUCACUUUCAGAAUUCAAGCUUGAUGAAUGAAGACAAAAGAUGUCGGCCUAUACUUUUCCAUACAGAUGGUCCGAAUGCCGGAGAUCAGGUUCCUUUCCCAAUGGGUCCCAACAUUCGACCACGGCCUGGAAAAACCCGAACCAGCACCUCCGAUGACAACAGUCAAGACAUACCAUCAAAUUCUCUGAAUGGGGAUGAUUUUUCCAACGGGGACUCAUCUUCUGGUUCCGGUAAAGAUUCAGACUGAGUUUUGUGACAACUAACCUCGUAGAAACUGAACAACACUGGCUAGUCAUUGUACUGGAAAUUUUGGUAUUGUACAUUAAAGUGUGUUAUGGUUAAGAGGGAAGAGCAGAAGAGUAGUGUGACUGGGGACUGAGAGAAAGCAUUGUUGUGUAGUAGAAAUUGACAAUUUGCCUGACCAAAGAGCGUUGGAGUAUUCGUUGUGGUGCAGUUACUGAAACAGAGCAACAUCAUGGAGCUUCGAAAUUUUGAAUGUCGAUAUUUUGAGGAGUUCGGUUGUGUUGUAGUAUGUGUUUGUAUAGAGAGAGCUUUCAUCUUCUCUUGUUUUUUGGGCAAUUUGCUAAGAGAAGUCGGUAACAAACUGCAACAAUUUUCAUUCAUGGAUGGAUUGCAUCAUUUCCUUUUUGACCAUGUAACUUUCACUUCUUGAUUUUCUUCCACUAUCCCACUGCUUUUUUAUCUUCACUUAGUGGAACAUAUCCUUUUUCGGCU